UGCAAAACGUUGCAAGAACCUGCUGCUUUUGUAAAACGCCGCCCGCCGCCCGGUGGGUGUGUGUGCGACAGGGACCCCUUGCUGAGAUGACCCAGGUCUGGGCACCCCCCCAGGAGGGCACAACUCAAGCGCAACUGAGCCGGGCCACACCAGGAGCAGCCCCGAUCCCGCGGCCGAGCCCGAGCACAGCUUCCCGGACCCUCACUCCCCUCGGCAUCCCUGCAGCAGCCCACGGCAGAGGAAAAGUCCUCCAGCAGCCUAGACGGGUUUGCCGCCUGGUGUGCUCAAACCCACCCGCACUCUAUGGUGCGCGGGCACUUCCGGCUUCUCGGCCGCCGGGAGGAUGAGUGUCGCCGGGGAGCGGCCACGUGACGCCCCGGGGCUGGGGCCCGCCUUCGGCCCGUCGGCCCUGGGCACCAAAGAGCACUGGGAUGCUGCAUAUGAAAGUGAAUUACAGAUUUUUCAGGAGAGUGAAGAUGCUGGGGAAAUUUGGUUUGGAGAAGAAAGCAUGAUUCGUUUAAUCAGAUGGAUGGAAAAACAAAAGAUCCCUCUGGACAGCUCUGUGCUUGACAUUGGAACUGGAAAUGGUGUUUUACUUGUUGAAUUGGCAAAAUGUGGUUACACUAAUCUCACUGGAAUUGAUUACUCUCCUUCUGCAAUACAACUUUCUCAAAACAUAAUAGAGAAAGAAGGGCUAUCUAAUAUUAAAUUGCAGGUAAAAGACUUCUUGACUCCAUCAGCUGAGCUAUCAGGAUUUCAGAUUUGUAUUGACAAGGGAACUUUUGAUGCCAUAAGCCUUAAUCCUGACAAUGCAGCUGAGAGGAGGAAGCAGUAUGUGAAAUCCCUCUGCACGGUAUUGAAAAUGGAAGGCUUUUUCCUCAUAACCUCUUGUAAUUGGACCAAAGAGGAGCUGCUAAAUGAGUUCAGAGAAGGGAACACCUGCAUUCUGAGGUAUAGUUUUGCAGCUUAAGCUUUCCUCAAGACAAACUCCUUCCUAUAAAUCAUCAAGAACUCUGAGCAAGCAAGUCCUGAGUCCACCAAGAACUCUCUGCCUUUGGAGCAUUAUUGACUGGCUGUAAGUAGAUGGACAUCAUUUCACAAAGGUAGGCAUUGAUAUGGGUUUAAGUAAUAUUUGAAGUGUGCCUAUGCUUUGAAAAGUGUUUCUCAAUGGCUCUAUAUCAUAUUUAUUCUGUUUAUGGGAAAAAAGUUUUUCUAUUUGCCAGCUCAAUAUGGGAAGUCAAAGUCAAGCUGGAUUCUUCCUGGCUUGUGCAGCAUCCUUAGUAAUUAAGAGUCUGCAGCCGAAACAGUUCUGUAGAUGAUGCCCUUGGAACGGAAUCUGCUCACUCUCCCAUAGCUGUAUUGGCUCUGAAGUGUUACUGGGAGUAAAAAGUGGUAAAAUCUUAUUUUUGUCACCAAAGUGAAUAAACCAGACUCUGAAUACAGGUCUAUUCAGUAAGAAGGUGCCUUUUUACAAUCAUUUUUCUGACCAUAACUGCACUUUAAGUUGAGAUCUCCCAGUGGCUUAAGAUAUGAGUGAUUCUUUUUGUGCCAUUAUCAUGGUCCUCCACAAGAAGUUUCGUGCAUCCUGAACAGUGGUAUCAAAGCCAUCAGUGGGUUUUCCCAUGUCUCCUGUCACUGUUUCUGUGUCAGUAUCACAUAGCAAAUCAGAUAUUUGCAGGAGUCCAUGAUCCUCAUGGUCUAGUCAAUUAGAAAGCAUAGCUGCCACCUCUGAGUAGCAGCCCAACACUCUUCUAGUUUGCUGGGUUCUUAUCCAUCAGUUGGUAUUUGCUGCUUGCAGUUAUUAAUUUUGCUCUUUUUCCCC